AUGUCCAGUUUUUGCUGCGUGGCACGGUACCAGUGCUUCAAGACGUUCAUAUAUUGGCCGAUAUUCUUCGACCUCCCUGCUCAGUUGUUUCACCUAGUUCUCCUCAUACGAUUCAUAAUUAUCUUCGUCAAGGAAGCCAGGAACAAGUGCUGCAAGAAGAAGUUUGUUUGCCGUGAUCUAUUAGGCGAAGAAUGUGACUUCACAGUGGGUCGUCACUACGUGGAUCAUGUUAAAACGCUUCUACAGGGAGUGCCUAAAAUGGAGAAUCGAAAGUGGUACGUUAAGGGGCGUAACUUUGUGUACACACCACUACCACACUUCAAGUAUUCAGUGGCCAUUUUAUCUACCGUUGUCGUUGCCGGUGUAAUAAUUUAUCAGUUAUUGAUUGCUGCCGGAGGAAUAUUCGUAGGACUCAUAGUGGCAUAUAGAAGCGCUAUUGUUAACGACCRCUGGACUUACAUUCUGAUGUAUGGGUUUGAGACGUAUGAGCUCAUUUUAAAGUUCGUGGACAUAUCAAUUGUAUCGUUUGUUGUCUCCCUGGUUGUGUCAGCUUUGUUUAUGUUCUUCCAAAUGUAUCGAAUGYUGGUCAGUCACAGGAACCACGUGAUCAAGCUCAUCAAAGGAGACCGACGUUUUCUUCCAAGUAAUGUUAGCGCACCGCAUAUCAUGGUGCCCUACCGUUGCCAUGGCAUUAUUUAUUUUCAUAGUACAGCAAAUAUUGGCUCGCUUUGUAUUCAAAGACMGGUCAAUUGACAGCAAAGUCGUUAAUAUUCACAACAGGAGGUUGUUUCUGUUGGUGUCAUUCUUCUUUUUCUUCUUCAACAUUCUGGUCGGUUUGAUAUCUUGUUUUCUGCGCAUCCUCAAAGGAAUAAUUCUGGGUGUUCUGUUCAUUGGACGAAUUGACCGGCCCUUGAUUAUGAAAGGAUUUACAAACUUAGACUCAGAACUUAAAGAGUCUAAUCCUUCUCGUCCUCGUGUAUCAGCGUCUGCKCUAAACAAAUGGUUUAUCGCAGUCACAGUGAUCAGAAACCCAACGUUGAUCUACAAUCGUAAAGGAUUCCUUAGGCAUAUUCUAUUGGGAAUACCCAACAGCCCUAGCUUAAACAGUCGAGAUGGUUUACAAGAAAAUGAUGGCAACCAAAGUGACGAAAAGCAUUUGUCAAAGAACAGCAAAGAUAAUGGUGAACAUGGGACGGAAUUGAGAACUCCAACACCAGACAAUCUGGAUGGAAUAAUAUCCAUUAGAGAUAACAAGAUAAAUGGAAACGUUGAAUAUACUGAACACCAUUUUUGAUACAUUAAAUCUAGGCACUGAUUGUGAUACCAAUUUACAAUGUCAUACAGUUAAUGAAAAAUAAUUGUUUUAUAUUUAAUCUUAGCACAUCCUUUGUUUACAAUAUAUCUUUAUUAUUUUAACCAUGGUAGAAUUUUAUAGUAAAACCAAAAACAAAUCUUAA